GAGGGUGUUAGUGUGCUGGUUACGCCCUCCUGGCACUAAGUUUACCUCGAUUUUGUAGUUGUCUAUUACUUUCAGACUGUAUUCAGUGCAGUUUGUAACUUAAGUUGGGUACUAGACAGAUGUCGUCAAGAGAUUUAAUUUAAUAUAUAAUAUGUAAUUUUGACCAAAAUUUCACUUACGCCCCUCUGGUUCUGAGCCCUCGAAAUGAUGUUAUUUUACCAGAAAAUAGAACGUUCUGUAGCACGUUUAGUUACUGGUUAUGAAACUAGCACUUGUGAAAUUGUGUAAAUGCGAGCAGGGUGGUGCCAGUACUAAUAUCAUUGAAGUAUAAAAGAAAUGUCAAGUUUAGCAGCUGCUAGUUGUGAGUCUGCCAAGACCCAAGAUGCAGAGGAGCCUCUGGAAAAGAAGCCUCUUAAACCCUGCUGUGCCUGUCCUGAGACCAAGAAAACAAGGGAUGCCUGUAUAAUAGAGAGAGGAGAAGAAAGUUGCAAGGAUCUGAUUGAAGCUCAUAAAGAUUGCAUGAGGUCACUGGGAUUCAAAGUCUGAUGAUUGAUCACAAAGGGAAAGCGAGUCUGUGUUUGUGUGCGUUCCUGCUGGCUGGGUAGCUGUGAGAUUCUGGGAUUACCUACUGAAAUAAUUGAUUUCUGCACUGUGGAAGAUUUUGUGUCAAAGAAUGAAAUAAAAAAAUAACUGAUCUUUCUGGAA